AUGGGACUCAGUGCAGAGUCGUCUACGCAGCAGAUUGAAGCCCGGGACCUUGAGAAGGCUGUUGCGGCUAUCCCUAUCUCCUCCUACGCCGAGGUACUCUCUGGGGAGAAGGAUGGUUCCCAGGCACAAUCCGGGUCAUCUUCGGACCAUGACCAUGGUGCCGGUGAAAUCUCCAAAAUACCAACAAAUACAGUAGAACGGCCAGGUGUCUUGGAAAAGACUCUCUCCCUGGUUCGAACAAGAGAAUCUAACUUCGAUCCUGGCCCUCCUCCGGAUGGUGGCUAUCAUGCCUGGCUCCAAGUGGCUCUUACCCAUAUGGUCAUCUUUAACACAUGGGGGUUCGUGAAUGGAUUCGGUGUAUUCCAAUCUUACUACACCGAAGCCCUAAAACGAUCGCCUUCGGACAUAUCAUGGAUCGGCGGAACUCAGAUUUUUCUUCUCUUCUUUAUUGGAACCUUUUCCGGUCGGGCAACAGAUGCGGGAUACUUUAAGGCUGUCUGGUCUGCAGGUGCCGUGAUAAUUAUUUUUUCGAUCUUCAUGACGUCGCUGUGCAAGACAUAUUGGCAAACCUUCCUCUCCCAGGGUAUCUGCAUGGGGAUAGGCAGUGGUCUUAUAUUCUGCCCCAGCGUGGCUCUUCUGACAUCCUACUUUGCUCGUCGACGGUCCCUGGCAAUCGCUAUCACUGCAUCUGGGAGUGCAACCGGCGGCAUUGUCUACCCGGUACUCGUGCAACAACUGCUCCCCAAGAUCGGCUUUGGGUGGACCAUGCGAGUAAUCGGCCUCAUAACUGCCGUAACCCUAACUCCUGGUUUCUUUUUCCUUCGCCAACGGAUACCACCCCGUCGAACAGGCCCUUUCUUCGAACUCCAGGCAUUCCGCGAGCCUGCAUAUACCUUAUACGCAGUUGCAAUGUUCCUCAAUUUUUGGGCCUUGUACAUAGCCUUUUUCUAUGUUGGCAGUUUCGGCCGUAAUGUAAUCGGCUUAUCACAAAAGGACUCUAUAAACUUGAUUCUUAUAAUAAACUGCGUGGGGAUCUUUGGGCGUCUGAUACCAUGCUAUAUCUCAGACUGGAAAUCUGGCCCAAUAAACGCCCUUAUACCAUGCACUGUUGUGGCGGGAGCAACAUUGUUUGGAUGGAUAGGCGUGAAAAGGGAGCCCAGCUUGUACGCAUUCUCUAUCGUUUAUGGAUUUUUCGCCGCUGGGAUACAGGCAUUGUUCCCAUCUGCCUUGACGAGUCUCACAACGGAUCUGAGGAAGAGCGGUAUCCGGUUUGGAAUGACACUGAGCAUUGUAAGCUUUUCUUCCCUGACAGGCUCACCCAUUGCAGGCGCAUUGAUUGCGUUGAGAGACGGUGACUUUUUGUACGCCCAGAUCUUUGCUGGCCUGUCAAUGUUCCUCAGUCUAGCCGUCUUGCUGUUUUCUCGGUCAAAGGUAGUUGGAUGGAAGCUCAAGGCACGAGUUUGA